AUGCUGGAGGCCGACGCGUGGGUCGCCAGACUGCCCGCGCACCUCGGCUCUGCGCAGGCGGCCGGCGGGGCGGCGGUGCCGCUCCCCGCUGGCGUCCUCCGCGCCGCCUACCGCCUCAACACCCCGUGCCUCUGCCGGCACAGCACGGCACGUAACCGCCACGCGAACUGCGUUGCCGCCCCCCGUUGCCUCGCCGGCUUCCUGGACCUCGCCACCAGCGCCUGUGUGCUCAAGGACUGCGUGGCAGACGUCAUGGGCGCCGGACCCGCGCUGCUGCCGCCGCCGCCGCCGGAAGCAGGCAGCCCCGUCGCGGAGGACGCCGCGAAUGCGCUGGCGCGUGCGAAGGCGCCCCUGCCACGUCGCGGCAUACGCAAUCUGGGCAACACGUGCUACCUUAAUGCCAUCCUGCAGCUUCUCUUUAACAUCCCACGCGUGCGACACGAGGUGUUGAGCGCCUGCGCCGAUUCCGCCGCGGAGUCGCACUUGUGCGAGAUAACCGACGACGCGACGCAGAGAACAGAGGCGGAGGCGGAGGAAGCGGCGCGACCCAUGACGCAGGCCUUGCAGGCAUCUGGCUUAGGGGAACUGUUCGCGGAAAUGGCCCUCACCCGCGACGGCACAGGGGCCAAUGCACAGCCGUUUGCCGCCUUUCUCUCUCUAGACACGCAAGUUCAGCAGGAUGCACAGGAGUUCUUUGCUCUACUGCUCACUUGGCUGCAGCAUGAGGGCGGAACAGCGGUGAAGCAAACGUUUGAGGGGACGCUGCUCUACGACCGUCGCUGUGGCAACUGCCACCGCGCCUUUAAGCGGGCGGAGCCCUUCUUCUUUCUCUCGCUUCCCGUGAAGAGCUCCGUUGAGGAGGCACUGAGCACCUUCUUGCAGCCGGAGGAGGUGGAGGGGUUUAUGUGCGAUGGGUGCAACCUCACCACCACGGCGUCCUCGUGUCAAUACCUGCGAACGCUGCCGGAGGUGCUUGUCCUGCACCUCAACCGCUUCACCUUCGACACGCAAACCCAGCGGCGGGAGAAGGUGACGCGGCCCGUCAGCUUCCCACUUGAGUGGGACCUCACGGACUACACCAAUCGGUGGCAGCAGCAGCAGCAGCAGCAGGGGAGUGAAGGGAGUGACUCUCCCGUCACUACGACAAGCGCCCGUGAUGCGGCGCACUACGCGCUCAUGGGCGUUGUGAACCACAUUGGCGACACCGCCGUGUCCGGCCACUACACCUUCCACGGCAAGCUUGACGCGACGGCGGGGUGGUACCGCUUUGACGAUGCCGAGGUGGCAAGGCUGCAACACCGCUUUCAAGGCACGCGGGCCUCCUCGAAGGAGGCCUACAUGCUGGUCUACCAGCGCCGCCCGCGUGGGCCGACCACGGCAGACGUGCAGGCCGGCGUGGUGCAGCUGGCGGAUGAGGCAAGGAACGAAGCGGCUGUGACCCCCGUCGCGUUACCGCCGCGCCUGCUGCGGCACGUGCAGCGCCUGAAUCAUGAAUUAGAGGUGCGGCGGCAAACCUGGGAGAUGCGCCGCGCCGAGGUCACAGCCUUUCUGCAACAAUGGGGAGAGCUCGCCCGAAAGCUCUUUGGGGGUACUGCAGGCAACGGCGCCACCACCGCCACCACCAGCGGCAGCGAGGAGGAAGCGGCGGGUGUGCCUGGCAGCAGUGAGCUUGGGGAGUUCUUUGCGGUGCCCUCGAGCUGGCUACGCCUUCUUGGUCGCGGGUUUCUGCCGGCGUACGUGGACGUGCAGCGGCACAAGGAUGGCGAGAAGCGAAAGAAGCGGCUGCGAAACAACGCCAGCAGUCGCCUGGAUCUCGAUGAAAUGCCGGGAGCGGAUCCCUCCAACUCGUCCUCGUUGCCGAAGCCCGAGACUUGGGAGGAGGCAGGCGGCGCAGCCUCCACGCAGCCGCUGCAUGGCGCGGCCGCCACGCGGCGAGGCGACGGGGACGGAGGUGCAGAAGUAGCCAAUGCAGACACUCUACUGUUCGAGGAGCCCCCGCGGGAGCUGCUUUUGGCGCACAUGGAAUCGCUGCGCUGUCCCCACGGCAAGUUGGCCCCUUGGGCCCCGUACAAACUUCUGCCCUCCGCGUUAUCGGCGGGGUUGGCCUCACUGCUGAACACCAUGUCCUCACUUGCCGCGACGCUUCCCAAUGCUGAAGAGGCGUCCCCCGCCAGUCUCGGCUGGCGCAUCGGCGAGUACGCCUGUGAGGCUUGCACAAGGACCAUGGCGGCGGAGGUGCUGCGGCUGAAGCAAUCAUGGGAAGAGGAGAGGGCGGCGGUGGCAAUGCUUGGCGGCACGCAGGCUGCACCGAAUGCCAACUGCGGCAGCGACCGGACGGCCACGAACAACGCCGCCACUGCGCCCAGUGAGGCGCGAGGCGCAGAAGAGGCGGCGGUGUAUGUAAGCAACGAUGUGCUGGAGUUCUGGGAGGGGUUCCGUGCGGCGCAUGCCAAGUGGAAGGAGAUAGUGCGCCGCCAAGGCUUCACCGGACUCGUAGCCGCCUCACGCAUGGAGAAGGCGGCGGUCGAGCAUAGUAGUGAUAAGCAGGUGCCCAGUCUGUUGCUCCCGGAAUGUGGUAAACUUCUCUGUGAGCAUCGCCUGCUGGCGCCCUCCGCGGCGGUGCAGGUUGUGCCUGCGGCCGUUUGGCGCUACCUGCGCGAGUGCGUUGUGAUGCCGCUCUGCUCCGCCGGCGACCACGACGCCGGAGCCGCGUCUCUUGAGCGGCUGCUGCCGUACCUCCCCGUGGAGCAGACCUCCAGGUGCCCCAGCUGCAUUCAGGACACCGUCAGCUCGACGGCGCAGCGCCAUCAUGCGCGGAUGUCAAGGAUCGGUGAGGCAAAGCGGUUCCCCACCCUGGCGGCCGCGGCCCAAGCUCUCGCCAUGACGCCGGCGGAGAUGCGGGAGCAGCACCCGAAUCGGCUGAUGUGGAAGCGGAACCUCGAACGCCUCCACCGUGACCACCACCGUUCGUGGGAGAAGCAGCAGGCUGCCGUAAUUGCCUCCCUCGAGGCGCAGGUUGCGACGCUUGCGAGGGCGGCGGAGGAGGAGCGGCAGGCGGCGGCGGCGUGGGAGGCGAAGCGCGUGCGUCGGGGCGGGCAUAGGCGGCGAGCCAAAGAUGCUGGCAGCCGCACCGCCGCACAGGGCGCCGCACAGGUGCCGCCCCCAUCACUUCCUGCAGUUGCCACGCCGCUGCAGCAGGCGGAGGAGGCGCUCGCUGCCGCGCGUGCCGCGGCCUGCCCGGACUUGUGCCAGAGCUACGGCUGCGUCCCGAUGUGGUGGGUGGCGCAUUGGCGGCGCUGGUCAAUGGACGUGGACGGCGCCCUCCCACCGCCGCCGCCCAUGGACCACGAGGCCCUGCGCUGCCCGCACGGCGGAACCCUCCUUGCCCCGCACCUCCUCAACCCGGCGGACCCGUUUUGGGAGGCAAGGUCGGUUGCCAGGCACCUCGUGCAGAUCCUGCGCCGGCGUUCCACCUCCGACGACGCGGCGCCUGAGGCGACUGCGCCGGACGACGACAGCCUGUCGCUGCUUCCGCCCCUGCUGCUGCUGCCGCUGGCCGAGUUUAUAGACCUCCUCGAGACGUAUGGAGAGUCCAAAAUGCUUUUGCCCCCACCUCCUGCAGAGGACGAACACGCGGACGACCUCCUGCGCCGGGUGAAUCCCGGCACGACGACGCUCUUUGUGGAGCGAAACACAGACCGUGGCUUUGCCCCACCCACCUGCGACGACUGUGCAGCGGCGCUUCUCGAGGGAGUUAAGGAGUCCAUGCGGUGCUUCUUCAACGGCUCGCUGAGGCUACAGUUGCGCCUUCGCCGGAGUCGAAAAAACCUUUACGAGGCCAGUGACGUGCUGCGAGACCUGCAUCACACCACCACGCUGGGGGAGCUCAAGCAGGCCAUCUCGCGGCUGGUGGCGGAAAACCACGGCCUCCUGCUGCCUCCGCAGGAGAUGGAGCUGCUCCGCGGACGUAAGCCACUGCGGACUCAGCGGACGUGCACCGUGGAGAAGGGCGGACACAACUCACGACCUUCUGGUGCUCGGAACGCCGCAGCUCCGUCAGCCCUUGAUGCUACCGCAGCGCCAACGUCGUCGCAGGUCGAUGACGAGGACGACGGCACCCUGUUUGACUACGGUCUUAGCUCUGGCGACGCACUGACCGUGAAUGCCACGGAACGCGUACUGGCUAAGAUUGCAGAUGCCGUGGAGGUGCCAGAGGUCUGGGAGGAGGUGCCGGCAGAGCUGCUCCAGCCGCCGCUCCAAGAGAGCGUCACGGCGUUUGGCGCGACCCGGCUUUACGGCGCUGUUGACAAACGCCGACAGGACAGCAGUGCUGCCGCUGCUGCUGGCGCUGCCGCUGCAGAGACCAAGGCGGAGGUUGCCUGCGACGUCUGCACCUUCCUUAACCCGGCAGGGCGGCGUCGAUGUGAGAUGUGCGAGGGCCCCCUUAAGCAGUAG